AAGGAUUUAACAGAUUUCGGGAGAGAAUCUGGGGCUAGAGGCACAAGGACUGCCUAGCUUUGAUGACAUACCAGAGAAGUUGUCAGAUUUUCCUAAGUCUUAAUAUAGUGGUAGCCAGACAAUGCUGAUUUUCCUUAUAAUAGUUGUAUGAAAAGGAAUUUUAAUUUAAAUGAGUUGCCCAGAAACUAAAAGAUGACCAAUCUUCUAGUAUCAGUGCUACUAAGUUAUACACUAUGUAUGUGAUUCCUUUUUCUAGGUCGUUUGCAUAUCUUACAAUUAAAGACAGAAUACCACAGAUCUUAACCAAGGCUAUUGAUACAUUGCAUCGACAUAAAAAUGAAAUGUUUGAGAAACAUGGAGAGAAAGGCAUAGAAGCUGAAAAGAAAGCAAUUUCUCUUCUUUCUAAAUUGCGGAAUGAAUCACAGACAGACAAACCAAUUGUCCCCUUGGUUGAGAAGUUUGCUGAUACUGACAUAUGGAAUCAGUACCUAGAACAUCAACAGGGUCUUUUAAAUGACAGUGAUGGGAAACCAAGGUGGUUCUACUCACCAUGGCUGUUUGUAGAAUGCUACAUGUAUCGUAGAAUUCAUGAAGCAGUUAUCCAGAGUCCACCAAUUGAUGACUUUGAUGUAUUUAAAGAAUCAAAAGAACAAAACUUCUUCGAGUCGCAGGAGUCCAUCAUGACUUUAUGUAUUCAUCUGCGAGAGCUGAUGCAAAUAAUUGAGCACCUGGAUGAAAAUCAGUUGAAAGAUGAGUUUUUUAAACUUCUUCAGAUUUCACUGUGGGGAAAUAAGUGUGAUCUGUCUCUAUCAGGUGGGGAAUCCAGUUCUCAGAAGACCAAUGUAAUAAAUUCUUUGGAAGACCUAAAGCCUUUCAUUUUAGUGAAUGACAUGGAACAUCUUUGGUCAUUGCUUAGCAAUCACAAGAAAACAAGAGAAAAAGCAUCUAUUGUUAGAGUGGAUAUUGUUCUGGAUAAUUCUGGGUUCGAACUUGUUACAGAUUUAAUAUUAGCCGACUUCUUGUUGUCUUCUAAAUUAGCUACCGAGAUCCAUUUUUAUGGAAAAAUGAUUCCAUGGUUUGUUUCUGAUACUACUAUACAUGAUUUUAAUUGGCUGAUUGAACAAGUAAAAUAUUCUGAUCAUAAGUGGGUAUCCGAGUGUGGGGCCAACUGGGAAAACUAUGUUAAGACGGGCAGGUGGGUUUACCAUGAUCAUAUAUUUUGGACACUGCCUCAUGAAUUCUGUGCAAUGUCUCAGGUUGCUCCUGACUUAUAUGCUGAACUACAAAAGGCACAUUUAAUUUUAUUCAAGGGUGAUUUGAAUUACAGGAAGUUGACGGGUGACAGAAAAUGGGAGUUUACUGUUCCGUUCUACCAAGCUCUGAACGGCUUCCAUCCCGCCCCGCUCUGCAGCAUCCGCACGUUAAAAGCGGAGAUUCAGGUUGGUCUGCAGCCCGGGCAAGGUGAACAGCUCACGGCCUCUGAGCCCAACUGGCUGACCACUGGGAAAUAUGGAGUAUUUCAGUUUGAUGGUCCGCUUUGACUUGGUUUCUGAAUUAUGACUUAUGUAGAAGGUCUGACAGGCAACAAUCAUCCUUGGAAAAGCAGUGUGUGAAUUUAGUCACGUGACUGCUUUGCUUUAGCUCUGAGCAGCUGGGCUUCUUGGGGCUCAGUUAUACACUCUGGAUGCCGUUUUCUUUGAACAUUUUUCCCCAUACAUUGUUUUGGGGAUAGAUGGGUUAAGCUAGUCACAGGUCUUUGCAUUUAUGUUGGAAUCUUAGUGACUUAUUUCAAGUUACAUGCAUAAUUUCAAAUGGUUUUCAUGAGCUUAUUUUUAAUUGGGCAGAAAGCAAUAUAAGGGAAUAAAUAAACUUUUUAUAGAAAAUACUAUGCUGCAUGGUAUUUAAUAUCCUAGGAAGCAUGGAAUUUUAUUUAACUUGAUUUGGGGCUCUAGAAAUAAAGGCUCUGUAAAAAUAUACAUCUUAAAUAUGCUUUAUAAAGAGGGGCAUUUCUUACAACUGUGAUAUUUGAACACAUGAAAGUAAAACUUAACUCAUAAUUUAAGUAUACUUUUGUUCUUAAGUUUUAUUUAAUUUCAGUUGCCUGUUUCAUUUGCCUACAUUUGGAUUUUGAUUGACCUUUGGAAUUGUAGGGAGCACAAAAUUGAACAGAAUGAAAUAAAUGAUAUUUGAAGAAAAAUGUAAUACCUUUUGCAUUCUAUUUGUGGUCAACUGAAAUAUAGUAUUUUAACAUGUUUUAAAUGAACAGAUUUUUAGAUUGCUUGGCAGUUUUAAAAUAUGCUUUAGAUCGAAAAGAUUCUUGUGCAUUGAAUUUGGAAUACUACCAACGAGUUGAAUCUUUUUUAUAUUCUUACCUAUUUAUUGGUGAUCACCAGUAUUAAAAACAAUAUGUUUCAGGUCAGUUUGUUUUGAAACUGAAAUUGGAAAUAAACCUAGAAAUGUUUUCUUGCACUAGAAUAAUAAAAUGAAUUGUACUGAGA